AGUCUUCCAAGAAUGGUGUGGCAGUAGUGCGCGGGUGUUGUCAAGUGGGACGUUUUACGCCGAGGGUCUGUGGGGGCGUCGCUGCCUGGCGCUCGGCUGGCUCGUCGCUGCACUGGUCGAGUGCGGGCUUGGUCGGCGGGCUCUCUGAGCCCUGGAGGUGAACGGCAGGGCGAAGAUGAAUGGCAUGACGUAUUCGCAGAUUGCGGUGGGAGGUCGGGUGCUCUUUCCCUCGGACUUGGUGGGCAUGUCAACACUGCUGAAGUCUGGUUCCAACCAUCCUCAGACUCUCAACAAAUCACCUCGAAGACCCCCAAGACCGUUGGAAGAAUUGAAUAUAUCUUGUCAAUCACAAUGCUGCUCACUUCAAAUCCAUUGCUCAGGACGUCGAGUGCGAAUCCAGGCAGGCGCGUCUUUGAGGCACAAUGGAGAGGUUCGACACCCGUUAUUUCUACUACGGCUGCUUGUUCUUUACAGCCCUCUGCUACCUUCUCGGAGUGGGAGCCACCCUCACGCGCAGCGGCGUAUGGAUACUCAAUAUAACCAUUAGCCUCAUCCUCCUCGUUAUUAUGCCCCCCUUCCUCUACAAUGCCUUCCGAUUCUGCAGAUUUGUAUACCAUGAGACGGACUACCAAAGAUACUUGAGCACCACAGGCAAACGCAAUUCCAGAGCACAAGAUGAGAUUGGACUUUGCGACGUGGUCAAGAUAGGAGACACCGUCGAACCCUUCUUGGAUACUGCAAACAAACGUAUUCGCGAGCUCGAACUGAAGAAUGAAGAGCUACAGGCUUUAGUGGACCUGAAAAGAGAUUUAAAAGCGUCCCCGCAGAUUGCAGACCAAUACGACACCCGGCACGCAGCCCACAACGAGCCGAUAGAAGGGAAUUCGGAUGCAUGCCAAAGUGCACCAAAAGUCAAGGGCAUCAACAAGCCAGCGCAAACCCCCGCAACGGUAUCAACGAACGAAGAGCUCCAAGCCCUAGCCUCCCUUGGUCUAGCAAAGAAACGCAUCGCCGUCCUCGAAGCCGAAGCCAGCCAGACCCAAGCACAGCUCGACGCCGCAAACAGACGCAUCGUGCAGCUCGAACUAGGAAACCAGCAGCUACGUCAUGAUCUCGCAGACUCGACUACGCACAUAGACGCUAGCAAAAGCGCAGCAGAGAGGUUCCAGACCCGUUGCGGUGAGCAAGAAAGCCAAAGCGACGUAUCUGCAGUCAUCGUGGCGCAGCACCCGCAAGACGCUCCUGAUAACUCCACGCCCACCGCUAUAUCAUCAACCACUGCUACUUCAACGCCCGCCACAGAAAUCCACGAUGAUGCGAAGAGAUAUCAGGAUAAUGGUGAAGGCGCAGUAGUUUCUGCGCCUUCCGCAGACAUUGUCGCCGUUCCAGAGCCCGCACGGAGGAAUACAAGGAGGAGGAGACGCUCGGUCACUGCUUCGGCGGCUUCCGAUGGCAGCGCAAUGCCGUUUGAUAAAGAGCUUGAUGCAGUGCGCAAGGAGAUGUUAGUCAGACAGAGAGUGCUCAAGUACACGGAUCCGGAGGUACUAGAGCUUGCAUUCAAAAAGGCGCGGAAGCGGGGCUUGUUCGAUAAUAAUGAGAAUGAGAAUGAGGAUGUGGAAGUGGAAGUCAAGGUCGACAGCGCAGAGAUGCCGCUGGAGAAGGGGAAGGUGAGGUAUGAUAGCUUGACAGGUGUGGAAGAAUAUCCGGAAGAGAUCAACGUGGAGAUGAAGCACAAGAGGAGCAGGACAGGGGUAGCGGAAGUGUUUGGGAGUGAGAACGAAAGGCAGCCCUGAAUAUGAGAUUUGCCGCCAUCUUGCAUACCACUUGUUUGGUUCAUACUCCGACGUCUUUCGAGA